AUGUCAUCUUCCAGAGAUAAAUCACAAAGUUGGAAUUCUACCCAAAAAGGUCAAUUCAAAUUUGUUCCCAGUAUCCAACCUUCCACCCAAGGACAGGGGGGUAAAUGGAAAUACGAUUGCGAUUUUACAUCUCAGAGAAGUUGGAUAGGAACAGUGAGUAAAACGGGUAUCGAACAUGCUAUGAAGAAUAUAGAAAUUGGUAUGGAAGAUAUCGCCAAGACGUUCAAUGAUCCUACCUCAACUUUUCAAUCGAUUGAAUCUAAGAUGGAAGCUUUGAAAACAUGGGAGGAAGGAAUCAAAUCACAAAUCGAAGGUUUUAAACUUGAUUACCCACAAUUUGACUUUGUAGGGGAAUGGAUGUGCAUCGAUGCGGAUGCACACAGCAGACCUACCAACUAG